GGCGUAUUUGGGUUUGUCUUGGGAAGGAUCGCUGUUUACAAAUUUUCCGUUUGAACAUUUCAUUUCACUUUUAUUGCUUUGUUUUAUUUUAAUUUGAAAACCGCAUUGUAUUGCAAAUCGUGCAUAAUUGUGUGUUUCAUCACUUGACUGAAACCGUCGUAAUAUUUAACAUAUCUUUUGUGACGUCCAUUAGUCUCAACUUACAUGUCGAGCUGCACGUCGAAGCAGAAAUAAUUUGUAAGAAAUCUUUGGAUUUAUAGAAAAAACCUCAUUCAUGCUACAACCAUGGCUAGAGCGAGACUUAUCUUUCGUCAGCUGUUAGACUCUCAAUCUUCAACGUACAGUUACAUUCUUGGAUGUGCAAAUACCAGAAAAGCUGUAAUCAUCGACCCAGUUGAUACAAAGGCCUCCAGAGAUUAUCAGCUACUUAAAGAGUUAAACCUGGACCUUCAAUAUGCUGUAAACACACAUGUGCAUGCAGAUCAUAUCACUGGCACAGGGUGGCUUAAAGCUCUCUUUCCAACAUGUCAAAGUGUGCUUUCAAAAGUUGCUGGGGGACAAGCCGAUAUUCUCUUUGAAGAUGGACAUAUAAUAGAGUUUGGUGACCAUGCUCUUGAAUGUAGACUCACACCAGGACACACAAAUGGUUGCACCACGUAUGUUGAUCUUGCCAAUGAAAUGGCAUUCACUGGAGAUGCAUUGUUGAUACGAGGUUGUGGGAGAACUGAUUUUCAGCAAGGUAAUUCGUCAGAACUUUAUGAUUCCGUUCAUAAAAAGAUAUUAUCUUUACCGUCCGACUUUCUUCUUUAUCCUGGCCAUGAUUACCAAGGUUUGACUGUUACUACCGUUGAAGAGGAAAAAGUUCACAAUCCGAGAUUGACAAAGAGCAGGGAAGAAUUUAUCAAAAUCAUGGAAAACCUCAACUUGGAUUAUCCGAAGAAAAUAGACGUCGCACUUCCUGCUAAUUUGGUUGAUGGCACAGAUCAGGUUGACGAAAACUUGGUCAGACAGAUACGUCAUGGAUAAAUAUAUUCUCUGGAUGUAAGUAUAUGUCAGUCUGGGCCCAUCAUGUGCUGUUUAUUAUAAUUAUAUCAUGAUUAACUAGUUACCUUUGUCAUGAACAUAUCUUUGAUGAACGUGUAAUAUCGUUUUUUCUAUGAAGAGUUAAGACUUGAUUAGAGAAAAUACGUCUUUAUAUUUAAUAUUUUUUUAAAAAUAAGCAAGGAUCAUGAUAACUUAUAAAGAGUUAUAAAGCUGUUGGCCCAGGGAAAGUUGUAUAAAAGAUAGUUUUAACUGUAUUUACAGUAACGGAAUUGGCCAAUCAGAAUCAAGUUAUAUAUAACUACGAUUUAAGGUGGUACACCACAAAAAGAUCAUUUGCAUAUUUAUAAAAUUAGAAAUAUUGAAAUAUGUUGAAGUAGAGUGGUAUGAUUGUUCUAAUUCUAGUUCGCAGCACAGACAUUCACGUGCUGAGUUCGCUUCAGCAGUCGUUUCGGAGUUUAGAUACACGUCCGAAAAGAAAGAAUUUUUUGCGCAAUCUCUCAAAAAACUCUCCCUCCGUUCUACCAUAAAACUAAGCUCUAAAACGACUAAAGCAUACUUGGCACACUGAUGUCUGUGCUGUGAACUAGACUCGAAAAAACACAUAUUAAGUAUGUUAAGAUAUUUCGAUAUUUUCAUUUUAUAAAUAUACAAAUGACCUUUUUGUGGUGUACCACGACCUUAAUGAAACAAAAUGUAGUUAAGAUGAUGUUAAAUGCAUUUAAAUACCAUAUGAUAACCAUGGAUCAUACCUCUGAAUUGAUCUGCUAAUGGUGUUAUUAAAUAAUAAACAAACACACAAAAAACUACCACCAACAAUAUUUUUGAUUUUUUCUAAAACGAAAAGAAAUGCGCUGUAAUCGGUUUCUACGAUCACAAAAAUAUCAAAAUAUAUACGGUGCCACCUUUAUUUUGAAUUGCGAAUAUACAAAGCAGUAUUAGUGCUCAAAAUAACAAUCGUGUUAUCUCCGGUCAACCAAAUGACUAACCGGUCAACUCAACUACAUGUUAGCUCGGUCAGAAUCGGUUUAUAAUCUGAUGCCCACGAUUUUUCAUAUGCUACUUAAACACCGUGAAAUCGCGGAACUAUAUAAUCAUGUUUUGAGACACAGAAUCUCAGGUGUGUCUUACAGUCGUUCAAUCGUUAACCUAUAUAGCUAUAUUACCCUAUCGCUUUUGAGGAAACCACCGUGUGAAUUUUCUAUCUAAGCGAAUUGUUAAUA